AUGGCAGCAACACCGUCAACCCGCAAUCGUCGCGACCCGGUAGCUCGAUUCACCUCGUCACCAGUGUCGGAAAGCGAGAUCAAGGCUCAGUUACAGUGUGCUCAGAAGAUCCAAAGUGCGCAAAGAGCAAGACAUGCAUAUUCAUUCUGGCACCCUAAGCCAACCCGAAGGACUCCGACCAUGGAGGAUACGGAUAUUCGACUUUCUGCUUCAGUUGGUAAAGACGAGCUUCAAGACAGGCCGGACUCUGUGAGCACGAUACGGGACGAAAGUGUCGUGCUUGACCGCACGCUCAGUUUCGACUCUGUAUCCAUUGCGCAGCGCAUGGAGGAAGCUGCCCGUCAAAGGCAGUAUCGAGACUCACCAGUGUCAGCUUGCCACACAGACAGAGUCCCCUUGGACCCAAGCCCGGAAGUCGACGACCCGUGCCCGCCGCUCAGAUCUUACACAGUGAAGGAGGUGAGGCAGAAUGAGAAAGGGCACAGAAAGUCUCUACGGAAGCAGAAGUCACAGCAGCGUUUGGCUGAGCAGUCCGGUGGGCACCACAAUAACGGGCCCAUGUCUGGGAGACACGACCUGACAGCACCUCGGCGGUCCAUAUCCGAUCCAGCGAUGAGGCGCCCACGAGACUUUGCUGCACAACUAAUCAAAAAGAUGAAGGGAUCGAAGUCUGCAAAGCUGACUAGGCCACGCUCAUCCCCUGCCGCAGCACCUCCACACGUUGACGACUUCGAAUCUAAAGCCGACCUACAGAGGUAUCUGCAAGGCGCGUUACCUGAAACCGUCGUAGUGAAUCAGCCUCCAGCGGCAAUCGCAGAACUUCCCGGAAGCAUUCCCUUGCCGGCAUACACACCAUAUCGUGGUUCACCUGCUGCAUCGACCGAGCAAGAUACGGCCAAAGUCUCUCCGACACCCGUCAACGGGUUGCAAAGAGCAACGUCCUCACCGCCGAUGCCUUGUUGCGAUCCGGCACCAAAAAUGAUGAGGUGUGACAAUUGCCAGUUCGGUAUCAAACACGAAGAUGUGUACCUGCAAUGCCUGAUCUGCAAUCACGGGGACCGAAUUCUGUGCGAUGCAUGCGACAGCUCAGGCUACAGCUGCCGUCAUCAGUUGAUUAGGAAAAGGAGAAACUACCUACAGGAAGUGGACGGGCUCUACCGGAGCAACUCAGACCGGUCACCGUCGCCAAGUCGACCGCAAAGAAACAACACACUGCUUGUUGAUCGGACGAAAAUCCCCCAUCCGCACGAAGUGAAGUACAAUUCUGAUACCUCUGCGCCUAUUACUGUACAACGAGAAGGAGAAACACCCUUCCGAGCUCAAGUCUUAGAACUCCAGCAACGAGAAGAGCAGCUUGCUCGACGGGAAAGAGAAUCUGAAUUGCGCGAGCGAGAGGGCAUGCUGCGCAUUCGAGAGGCCGAGCUUGCUUCGCGGGAAAGGACUGGCGAGGCUAAGCAGAACGCUGACUUCAUGCGAUCUUGCAUGGAAAUGGCCAUAUCCCUUGGCGCGCAAUUUGCCAACAUCAGCCGCUCGAGCUCGAACGCUUCAACGACGCCUUCAACGACGCCUCCUCCGCUAUCCACAAACGGAGAUCACCUCGAUCCUUAUUUUCCUGGGUCACGCUCAGAUACCCUCGACAGCAGUUCUGCCGCGUUCCGCGCUCACGGGGCGUCCAAACGUAAAGCAGGCGCCGGCUCCCGGGUAAACCCUUCGCGCUCGAUUAGCGGGCGUCAAUCGACUUCCAAAGACAGUACAGAAGGCCAAGACGCCCAAGACGAGGAAGCGGAUGAUGGACGAGCGCCGAAACGGCCCAGACGAGGCAGCGAAUCUCUUCCAGCCGAGGGCAAAUCGUCCCUCUACGCUUGUCAUUACUGCAAGUUUGACUCUGCGAGAUAUAGCGAUUGCAACAACACGGAAAAGCACUAUCGAGGCUGCUCGAGCGGCUUCUGGACAGACAUCUCAAGACUCAAGCAACAUCUUUACCGUGUGCACUAUCGAAAGUACCACCGUUGCCACAAGUGCUGGGUAUCGUUCAAAUCUGACGAAGAAGUCACAAUUCACCAACGCAGCACUGAAUGCAUCCCUGGUGAAUGCCCAUUUCCUGAAAAGUUUGAUCAGGAUGUGUACAAUGAGCUUCACAAGAAGCGGCCGAAGACAAGUCCAGAAGAGGUGUGGUUUCUCGUCUGGGACAGCUUGUUCCCUGGAACGCCGCGACCAUCAUCGCCAUACACUGAUCAGACAACAUCUGGCCAGCCAGGUCUGACAGACCAGCAGAAUCAACAAACUCUGGCAGAGCUUUUAGGGGCUCGGCUAGGUCAGCAAUUGCCGGACGAGGUAAGGUCAUUCGUACUUGACCAGUUAUGGGCCUCCAUGGCAGACCUGGCGACUCAGCAGAGCUCAAGGGACGCCACAAUCAGUGCUGUGGCGACUCCUGCCAGCGCCGCAGACCGAAGCAGAAUGGCAGCGAAUCCGCCUCGGCUGUCGAUACCCACCCAGAUGAGUCCAUCCGAGAACACAUCAUCACAACCUGUGUCGGCUAUCAGUUCGGCAUCGACUUCCGACUCGAGAUGGCACAAUCUUUCAGCUCACAGAUUCAGUUUCAGUCGUCCACUCACCCACAAAGUUACGCCGCCACAAGCUCCGCUUCACUCACACCAUGAAUCUACAGACUCAGCUAUAGAUUCGGCUAUCGAUACUAGGUCCUCGUCGGAGCACUUCUUCAAUGUCCCUACUGCGUAUGAUCCAAACGACCACGGUUGGGGCGAGGGCGCAGACAGCUGGGAAGAGGGAGACGAGGCAGGGCUGGCUCUGACCACUGAUUUCGACUUCCAGUUGCCGUCUGUGGAGCAGCCCGUUUCUGAUAGGAAUCCGAGUCCUGCGCCUCUGGCUCCAGUAAAUCUUCGCAGCUUAGAAGAUCCUGGCGAUCGACUCGAAAGCAACGGCAUACCCAUUUUGACAAGCAUACAACCAAAACAAUUGUCAGAAGCCUCGGUCGAUUCUGGGUACGGAAGCACAAAUUCGGCACGCCUGGCCCGUCGACCUACUGCUCCGACGGCAAAAGGCAGUUGGCCUGCAACACAAGUUGAACAGCAGAAUACGGAUGCUCUGCCUGAUGCGCAAAACAACUUGGUGCAUCAAUCAGAAACAAGCCAGACAGUGGCAGAUGGGGACAUUGACUGGCAUGCUUUGAACGUUCCGUGGCAGGAUUUCAUUGAGCCGAAAGGGUGGGACGGGAACGAGCAAUUUCAGGUUUAG